AUGGAAGAAGUUCAAGUAAUCGAUUGUCCUCCGACUCCGGAGAUUCUCCUACCUUCUAGCACUCCACCGUCCAGUUCGCUGCUGGACAUGCUGGACAGCUCUUUGUCGGCCGAAAAGGUGGACGUCGGUUAUUCCACGCGAACCGAGGAACGAACGGCCGAAAGUGGCCGCAGUUCGCCACCGCCCAAGUGCGCAAUUUGCCUGGGCAAGUGCCGUCAAAAGUGCUACACUGACUCGUGUCGUCAUCAAUUUUGCUAUCGCUGUCUGCUCGAGUGGAGUAAGAUCAAAGCCGAAUGUCCACUGUGCAAGCAGGUCUUCCGGUCCAUCAUCUAUAAGCAGAAAAUGUUCGACCGCUACGAGGAGCAAAUCGUCGGAAUUGUCCCACCGGGAUCGCCCCCGUUAGCCUCUAGCCGGGAUGGAUCGGUCGGUGGUUCCGGUGCAGUACGAGCGCCUCAGGUUUACCACCGGUUGGAUUUUACCCUCUCGCAGUCGCCCCGGUUCACCUACAGUGCAACGCUGCGGGUUCAGCCGAGUUAAAGCGAACGGCUGCAGCAACUGUUUUUGCAUCAGUCGGGAGAUGUACAGCGUUACCAUCGAAGGCUGCACGCUAGGCCACUGCCCGAUAUCAACGGUCGGUUGCGGAAAUGCAGUGCGGCCUGUUAUAGGGAAAACCCAGCUCAAAUUCACCGACUGAUGCCGUGGAUUAAUCGGGAGUUGAUUGCGUUGUGCCGUGGGAAUCCGUCACAAAUUACUUUGAUUAUGGAAGAUUUCCCCAAUCUUCUAAUGACGCAUGACAUCACAUCGACGACGUUUCGUGAACGAGUCUCCUACUGGGGCCGCAGCAGAACCGUCCACUUUAUCCAUGAACUGUUGAAUUUCGCACGCUCACCGUACGACAUGAUCGGUUACGAUCGAAGCGUUCAGUACGAUCCCUACUACAAUAGUGUUGUCGUGCUUUCGUCCUCGUCGUCGUCUUCGGGAUCUUCUACGUCGUCCGUGUCCGAGGGUUCCGAUGGAGAGGAUGAUGUGGUUAGAAUAAUGAAACUAGUUCCCGGGACGUCUAGAACGGUUGAAUCGACCGGUGGUCCGAGUGGCAGCAGCAGAAGAGGCAGAACGCAGUUCACCAUCGAGACGAGAUCUUCCGAUCAAACCGUAUUAAUGACAGGGUCCGUCGGUGGGGCAGGAGUCAGCGGAAUUGUGUCGGUUUCGACGUCUGGCACGCAAACGAAUGAUAAUGUUGGAGGUGGUAGUAGCAGCUCUGGUUUCCCAGAUUUAAGCCGUAUGCAUCCGUUAACGUCAUUGCCAGCACCGGCCCCUGUAAGCCGUUUAGAUGACGGAGCAAUAGUUAGUCUUGAGUCUAGAAGAACCAGUACCAUUGGUGAUUGUUCCAGUGGAUCAACAGGGUUUGGAACCGACCUCAACCGACCUUCGAAUGGCCAGGGCCUCAAGAGUAUUUACGAAGCAAGUGAAUCGUCGAAAAGUGAAAAUUCGUGCACGCAAGCCGAUUCCGAUUCGUCUAGUCACGCAGAAGAAAAACACAAUAGCCGUAGCAAAGCCGCAGCCGCGGAUCGCAGGAGAAAAGCUACCAAACGACGUCCGGUAACGUCUGCGCAAACCAGUGACGAAAGCAGUGACCAGAGUUCAACUUCUGACGUGGAAAUUUCUCCCAACAGUAGUAGUAGUUUUCCAAUUACCAGUUCUAGCUGGAGCUCGGACAGCGGCAGCGAGAGUGACUUCAAAGUUCGACGAACCACCAAAGUGGCCGUAAAAAACCGAACCUCCAAAACGAAACUUCGCCAGCUGCGCAGCAGUUCCUCCAAGCGUCGUCAAAGCAAAUUGAAGAACUCAAUCGAACAGCGGACUGCUAGCGUUCCCUUGCCGGAAUCUCUGCCCAGUGGAAGCAAUACAUCACCUAAGCUAAGGUUAAAUGAUUCACCGAGAAAGCGAAAGCUGCGAAGUGCCGUCGUAAAACCGGAAACUAGCGUUCAACCGGUUCCGAAAAAGCGACGCAAAGUGCCCAUCUGUUCGGAACUAAUCUCCAGUACAGACUUUUCCGCUGAAGAAGAACCACCCAUCGUUUCAGCAUCGGUAGCCGUUAGCGAACUGCUGCCGACUCCUCCGGAGGAGGCAGCAGAAAAGCCGCCUGGUUCACCGUCUUUUUCAGAGGUCUCUUCCGAAGACGACGGUAGUGACAGCGAAGAGCGUUGCACGAUCGCAUCGCUCAUAAAUGCAGCUAAACGUCAGUCGACUGAAUCGGAUAAGAAAUCUGACCGGCAGAACACUUCUACUGCCUCCACCGGAAGUAGCAGUAGUAGUGCAGGCAGCAACAACAGCGCGAGCACCAACGCAUCCACGGGCACAUUUGGCUCGAACGAAUGCACGGUGGACACUUCGGCUAGUUCCACCCGAACCGAUAACCAACGCUUGUCGCAGGCAUCCGACGAGGAAGCCUCCGUCUCGCAAACGAUUGCGGUCGGUGCCGAGGUGGAACUUUGA